AUGCUGGCGGUCUGCUCCUGGGAGGAGAGCGGCCCAGACGCUGCUGAUGGCCCUCCGAACGCCAACAUCUCCAAGAAAUCCUUGAUUCCUUCAGUGGUGGAUCAGAUCGAUGGCGAGACUGUGGAUCAUGGGCGACGGCUCGAACUCUGGAAGGACGAUCGCCAUCGCGGUAGCGAUGUUCUGAAUCUGAAGAAGAGCAACAGGUCCAUUGGUGUUUGUGGCGUGGUCGACAAAGAUGACGUGGAUGGAGUGCGCCAGGGAGCUGUGCUAGUGGAGAUUGUUCCCUUGGAUGACGAUCUUGUCGACGCGGAGACCGGGAUGUUAGGAAUGGCUUCCGGGCCCAUACACGAAGCGACGCCGCAAAUGGAUCAUGUACAUCAUCUGGAAGCGAAGGAGAAGGAGAUCCAGGUGCAGGAUGAGGACCGUGCUGCGGAGUCGGUUGAAGGCGAAUGGUGUCGGAGGCAGGCGGUGGUCCAUCACGAGGUACACGUUGAGCAGCAUCAGACCGUGGAUCCUGACGCGGAUUGGAAGGGGAGGGAAAGAGUUGUGGGUGUGGUGGAGACACUCGUGGUGUCGAGCUGUGGAGCGGUGGCCGUGGUGCCAGGUUGUGGAAUGGGUGUUGGUGGAGUGGGGACUGUGGCCGGCAUUGAGAUUGGCAUCGUGGGAGCUGCACCAUAUGGAGCCGAAGGGGUCACCAAGGAGGAAGUUCCGGAGUGCAAACGAGAGAGAAUUCAGGGAGGGAAAGCCACGCAAGGCGAGUGUUCCAAUCCCUUUGCAAGCGGCUGGUACAAGGUUCUGUACCACGGUUGUUCAGAAGGUUGCUUGGAGAUGGCCCGGCAAAGGUUGGCUUCUGAGGACUGUAAAGAUCGGCCCAUGGAUGACACAUGGAUUCAGAUGUGGGAUGACUAUUUGCCAACCCUUGCGCAUGUCUUGGGUAGUGGCAUUUACCAAUCUUCAGCCAUACCUUACCUGGAAGCCUUAGUUGCAGCCAUGAAGCUGGGUGGAUGUGCUACCUUGAAGCAACCGCAGUUUCGGAACCUCAUUGGCACUCAAACCUCCUGGUGUGAGGGGGAUCCGGAGCUGGUGCGGCCGCUGGCCUGGACGUGUCCUGAAAGCUGUGAUUGCACAGCCGCCAACGGUCCCGCGGAGCAGCCCAGCGACAAAGCCGUGCUGUGUGGCGUUCACUGGGGGUUCACUAGCGCCAGAGAAGAGGAACUCGGAAAGAAAGAGGAUGCAAUUUUGCCGCCGUCGGGAGAAGCCUGGAUGGCACGGUUUUCGAGUGAUUUGGAUCGGGUGAAUGUGGCCGGCACCGCCAUCGGUGUCCCCGGUCGCACCGGCCGUGACCCGGUCGGCGGACGUUGCGGACGUGAGGACUGCGGGACGACGCGCAGCAAAGCGACCGAUUCGCGCCGCUCGCGACCCUGGCAUUGGCUGACCAUCCUGGCAGGCUGCCGUGUGGCGAGGGUCUCCCGUGUGGCACGGAGGUUUCGGGUCUUUGGCAUCUCUGACGUGCAUACGGACUGGGACGAGAACCUCCGACAGUUGGAGGAGCUGCCGGUGGGUCCCUACAGCGAGGAUGCCCUGCUCUUGGCCGGCGACGUGUCGCACGACUUCCAGAAGGUCUCCCAGACCUUGCAGCUGCUGAAGCAACGCUUCAAGUACCUCUUCUUCGUGCCAGGGAACCACGACCUUUAUGUUCGUCACGAAGAUGGUGUGGACUCCUUGGUGAAACAUGAGAGGUUGCUGAACGAGUGCGCGAGACUGGGUGUCUGGACCUCUCCUGUGCGCUUCAAGCAGGAGAAACUGCUGAUUGUGCCUCUCCUCUCUUGGUAUCACUCGGAGUUUGACCAGGAGCCGAACCCCUCGGAAGCCGCAUGGCCAAGCCGCCAGCACAGCCGCCUGGCGCUCUUGGGAGACGAGAUGGAGUGCCGCUGGCCGAGCCUCUCGGAGACUUCCGCGGCGCCUCGGAAUCGGGCGCUGGCGGAACUCUUCGAUGUGAUGAAUGACCAGCAAGCAGCGAAGGUGCCACAGCAAGUCCCCGAGGGCGUCGAAGCCGUGACCUUUCAGAAGGUCUUGGAGCGUGACGCAGACGAGGAGGUGAUCUCGAUGUCUCACUUUUUGCCUGAGCCUGUCCUCCUCCCUGAGAAGCGCUUUCUCUUCUUCCCGCAAUUGGCCGAAGCAGCAGGCUCCUUGUUUCUCCAAGAGCGUGUGAGAGCCCUGAAGCCCCAGCUUCACCUCUUUGGUCACACGCAUUUCGCCUGGGACCAGGACUUUCAGGAGCGGCGCUACGUCUCGGCGCCCUUGGGGUCGCCCAAGGAGUGGCGCAUGCGUCCCCGGUCAAUGAAGCUCCAGGGCGGCGCCCGGGCGACCCGGAAGGAUGGAAGAAAGGAGAUGUGGGAGAGGUCCCAGCUUUGCUUUGGUGCGGGCCUCACCGAGACCCGGUCAACCCGGUCACCGGUGAACACCGAGGGGAACGCCGGUGGACACCGCCGUUCGGAUGCGGCCACGGGGCGGCACUGGCAGUCAGAAGUGACGCCGUCAGAGAUGAAAGGACAAGCACCAGAACCAGAACCAGAUCAAAGGGAGCCGGACGCCGUGCCGCCGGCUGUGCCGGUUGCGCCGUACGUGCGCGUCAUCCACCAGCAGUACCGCACGGCCCACGCCGACGCCUGGCCGCCGGAGUGGCGGCGCUUGAGCGGCUUCUGGCAGCGGGCGGCAGCGCACGGCCGGUGGCGGUGGCGCUUUUGGACGGACGAGGAAGAGGAUGCAAAAAUCUCUCAAGCAGACCUCUCCACCUAUGCCAUCCUCUACGUCCAUGGUGGUGUUUAUGCUGAUAUGGAUGCCUGGAUUCAGUGGGACACCAUGCCUGUGGGCUCCCUGGACGCCUUCCUGGACGCCGUCAGCAGCGAUGCGACCGGAGAAAGGCCCCUGGCGGUGCUGGCGUCCAUCAGCCGACCGGACGAGGCCGGCGCAGAGCUCCGAGCACCCCGCGGAGGGCGGUGA